UAGGGGUGUGGUUUACAUGAGCCAAUGAGGACGAGGCCGGGAGUAUAAAUGAUCUGCACGGUCCGCUCCUCGCCUCAUUCUCUUGCUGUGUACAGAUCUCUGCAGCGCCAUGGCCAGAACCAAGCAGACAGCGCGUAAGUCCACCGGCGGGAAAGCUCCCCGCAAGCAGCUGGCCACUAAGGCCGCCAGGAAGAGCGCCCCCGCCACUGGCGGAGUCAAGAAGCCUCACCGCUACCGCCCCGGGACCGUCGCUCUCCGGGAGAUCCGGCGCUACCAGAAGUCCACCGAGCUGCUCAUCAGGAAGCUGCCCUUCCAGCGCCUGGUGAGGGAGAUCGCCCAGGACUUCAAGACCGACCUUCGCUUCCAGAGCUCGGCCGUCAUGGCCCUGCAGGAGGCCAGCGAGGCUUACCUGGUCGGGCUCUUCGAGGACACCAACCUCUGCGCCAUCCACGCCAAGCGGGUCACCAUCAUGCCCAAGGAUAUCCAGCUGGCCCGCAGGAUCCGUGGGGAGAGGCGGCCGUGGAGGAGCAGUCCAUUACACACAGGGGGCGAACCCUCUGCAGCAGCAAUGUACUCGCCGCAUGUCAGGAGCGAUCUCUGCAGCGCCAUGGCCAGAACCAAGCAGACAGCGCGUAAGUCCACCGGCGGGAAAGCUCCCCGCAAGCAGCUGGCCACUAAGGCCGCCAGGAAGAGCGCCCCCGCCACUGGCGGAGUCAAGAAGCCUCACCGCUACCGCCCCGGGACCGUCGCUCUCCGGGAGAUCCGGCGCUACCAGAAGUCCACCGAGCUGCUCAUCAGGAAGCUGCCCUUCCAGCGCCUGGUCAGAGAGAUCGCCCAGGACUUCAAGACCGACCUUCGCUUCCAGAGCUCGGCCGUCAUGGCCCUGCAGGAGGCCAGCGAGGCUUACCUGGUCGGGCUCUUCGAGGACACCAACCUCUGCGCCAUCCACGCCAAGCGGGUCACCAUCAUGCCCAAGGAUAUCCAGCUGGCCCGCAGGAUCCGUGGGGAGAGGGCUUAGAUCUGCGCCCCGCACCCAACAAAGGCUCUUCUCAGAGCCGCCACCUCCUCCUCAGACGAGCUCCACUCCGCCCUUCACCUCUGCUCACAGGAGGCGGGUUAACCCUUUCAGCCCUGUGAUUAGUAAGAGCAGUUCCUUUAUCCAGAAGGCG